GAAGCAACUUGUCGAUUAAAUAAGUAAGUGAAGAAGGAAGAGAAGCAGCGUUCAACUGUCUAAGACUCAAACAUGAAGGUCUGUUACACUUUGAUCAUCUUCAUCCUCACGAAAACACAGGAUGGAAACACUUGUAUGGUUGGAAGUACAGAAAUCUAUGUCCAUACAGCAACUGAAGGAGGAAACUUCACCGCUCAAUGCUUUUUCGAUGACCCUGGUGAACGGAAGACCUUCUGCAGGAAUGACUGUGGAUUUGAAGACAUUCUUGUGGCAACAAGUGGUGUCAGAGCUCAGCGUGGCAGAUACAGCAUGGAAUAUUAUGAAGAACAAUUGGGAGCCUCUAUGAUAACUUUGUAUGUGAGCAUCACAAAGCUGUUGAAGUCCGACUCUGGAAGAUACAGUUGUGUGUUUGGCAUUGGUCGUUAUCCACAUCAUAUCCAGAAGUUUGAUCUCAGAGUUGAAGACGCUCCAACCACUGCCCAACCAAAAUGGACCUCCCCAGCUUUUUCACCAACUCCACCAGCCUCCACAUUGAAGACAACACUGACAUUGACAACCCCAGCUGCAGCUCAAGGUCUGAACCAGGAGGCAAACACAAGAGUUCAGCUGUAUGUGCGGCUGGUUCUGGUCAUCAUGAUCAUCAUUUCAUCAGCAGUUGGGCUGAUAGUCUGCAGGAGGAGCGCAAGGAGACCCGGAGAACCUGAUGAGGAACUGGAUUAUGUUAACAUCACCAAUGCCAAUUUGGUGCAUGAAGGGGUCAGAGAGAAGAUUCUGGAAAUAUGAAGAAAACAUUUUAGAUGAACUUAUAGGUCAGAUUUCUGAUUAAUGCACUGCCUUUGUAAGAACAAUAUACCAGGCUGUUCUGUGAAAGCUAUAUUUAGAUUACAUCUAGGCGUUAGAGGUCACAUAUUCUCCUCCUCUUCAACCAGUGUAAAUAAGUCUCAGAGCUCCCCAAAACAUGUCUGUGAAGUGUCUU